AUGUCUAAUGAUAUUUAUAAAAUUGCAAAAGAAUUCCUUAAAUAUGAAAAUAUUAUGAAUAAAACACACACAGAGGUUUAUAGUUGGAAUGAGCCUAAUUUUACUCAUAUUACUGAAAAUAAUUUUCCAGGUUUUGGAUUUCAUAUUCAGACUAUAUGCAAAGAUUUUGAUAAUUAUACAAGUACUAUAGUUAAGGACACUACAAAUUCUAUCAAAUCCAGUUGUAUGUAUUUGUAUUAUUGGCUAUAUUAUAAGAAUGAUAACAGGAAUAUUGAAAACGUUAAAAAACGUUAUGUCACAUUGAUUAAGACUGACAGUACAUACCAUGCAACAUUAUGCAAAACUUAUGUUUUCACUACUAUUACAGAAGAUAUAAUGCCAAAGCUCAAAGAUCUGCAUGACUUUACCCCAUAUAUUUUAUGCUUUAAACGAACAUUAAGAAGAAAACGAAAUAAGUCGAAUAAUAUAGAUGAAGAUUACAAUAUGUUCCAAUCGUGCAAAAUUGUGAGCAGUGCUACUGUGAAGAGUAGACAGAAUAUUUUAUAUCAUAAUGUCUAA